CCGUGAAAAGCACAUUACCGCUGAACGAGAAUGCGUCGCAGAGUAACGACGUUUAAGGAGCUAGCGUCACCAUGGUGAUAAUUUCAGAAGCGUAUGAGGGACUACAAGGACGAUGUUUGCGGAUGAGGUAUCAGAGGUAUUUGGAGCAGAAUCUUUGUGGAGAAAGUCUAAAGCUGCUCAGUCUGAAUCUAAAAGCUGUCAGACUGCAAAACUGUCAACUGCUGAGGCUGCUGUGCAAGCUGUUCACAGGAGAGAUAUCAGUAUUCAAGUGGAGCCGGACAGGCAGGAUACAGAGCAGUUAGCCUCACUGCACGGAUCUUCUGAUUGUCAUCCUGGCCUAGUUGAAUUUCUUCAAAGGGUAGAGAAGUCUGUGAUAGCAGAAUUAAACAAAAGUUCUAGAAGCCAUGCAUUUGAUGGGUUUGAUGUGAACUGGUGUGAUCGGACUCAAACUGUGUCUUGUUUGCAUACACUUCAGUAUCCAGAGGCUCUGGAGAGGCAUCUUCAUGUGACCGGCUUAUCUUGGAAUGCAACUGGUUCUGUUAUAGCAUGUUCUUAUGGCAGAAUGGAUGAUGGAGACUGGAGCACUGAAAAGUCUUUUCUGUGUACCUGGAAUCUGGAUAGACGAGGAUUAAAUACCAAGCAUCCUGAUAUUGUAUUGGAUGUUUCCAGUUCUGUUAUGUGUCUGGCUUUCCACCCUUCACAGCCUUCUCUUUUUGCAGGUGGUACAUAUAGUGGAGAAGUGUUAGUGUGGGACACCAGCCAGACAGAUGAUCCUCUCAUUUCAAGGACUGGAUUUUCAGAUGAAAGUCAUACAGAACCAGUUUGCCAGGUUGGCUGGAUUAAGAAUUCUGUUCGUAGUAACCAGUUUCAUAUUCUAAGUGCUUCCUCUGAUGGAAAGAUAUUGAUCUGGCAGUUAGAUGGGAAUGACAGACUGAAGCUGCACAAUGGAUUUGCUUUAGUUGCUCAUCAGAUUCCUCGCAACAUCAAGCUGAACAAGGCUCGAGGAGACACAGCAUUUGGUAUAACUGCACUCUCUUUCUCCAGAUUUGACCCAAAUGUGUUUAUUGUGGGAGUAGAAGGUGGAUACUUGCUGAAAUGCUCUACAACAGUGGGAACGCUAGCAACAGUCAGUUCUACAGUUUCUGCCGUCCCACUGAAAGCUCCCGCUGAAUUCACAUUCUGUCCACACUGUGGUCCUGCAUAUACUGUCCACUGCUCCCCAUUUCACAGGAAUCUUUUCUUGAGUGCUGGAACUGAUGGAUUUGUGCACUUGUACUCCAUGUUACAGGCCCAACCACUAAUUUCUUUUCACGUAUCUGCAAAGUACAUCUUCAGUGUACGCUGGUCUCCAACACGACCCCUGGUCUUUGCUGUAGCGACUGGAGAGGGAACUGUGCUUAUUUUUGACCUGAGGCAUGGUGCUUUCACACCACCCAUUUCAAUAGAGCAGAGCUCUGACAACAAAGAAUUUUACUGCAUGGAGUUCAAUCCACGGCAAACUCAUUUGCUGGCUGCUGGGAGUGCAGAUGGCUCUGUUAAAAUAUGGCAACUUAAUGAUGAACUAACUGAGCAAGGAUCACAGGAGUUGAACCAUCUUAAGCAGUUGGCCAAUAAGGUGACAUAUUGAAAAGUACAAAUAUUUGUUGGAUGCCAUUCGAUAUUGCUACCAUAUGUUUUUCAGAUACUAAUACUGACUUCUCCUUUAUCUAAGUGACUCUUGAGAAUAAAGACUGGCUUUAUUUGUGGCUGACAGUUUUGAGAAAGAUAGCUAACUGACUACAGUGGAUUGGAGUGUGUCUUGUCCCAUCUACAUAUAUACGUUUAUUCAUAUACCAACACUUUUAAAGAUCAUACUGAAUGAAAAGAAUGAGGUGUUGCCAGGUGAUAAGUGUUACACUCACCAGAAAGAAAUCCUUCAUUUAAAGAACUGAUUUAUGUUAAUCAUUUUACUUUUCAUGUAAAUUCAUUAUCAUAUGCUGAUGUGGAGAGGAUUCUUCCUGUUGUUCUUUCUGUAAAUUAACAAAAAAGCAAUCAGUAAAUAAAACAAAUGCAGAGUGA